AUGGAUCCCAAUACCCCUCAACUAUCUUUCAUUUCGAUCGUCGAUUUCUCCGAAAAUGCGCGCUGGCUUUUCCUCACCCCAUCUGUUUCUGACUUGCUUGGGUAUGAACCCCGAGAGCUUAUUGGGCGCCCGGCCCUUGAGCUUGUUCACCCGGAGGAAUUUCCCAAAGUCAAGCAGAUGCAUUACGACACAAUACGACAAGACAAAGCCGCUGUUUUGGCUUACCUUAGGAUGAAGCACAAGGAUCCCAUCAAAGGAUACAUACUAUGUGCAAUAUCACGUACAGUCGUCUACAAUGUGCUUGUGGGCAGCGUAUCGUAUGCCGAGCGAGGCGCUAAAGCGAUGCACAACGCCUCUACCGCACAGGAAGUCGAGGUCAUCACCAAAACUGCUCAAGACUUCCAGCUUCGACGCUGGGGCGACCCAUCUCCAAUGCCACCUAGCCCAAUACCCAGCCCUCAAGCUUCUGCUCUGCUGGCCUCGGCACCUGCUUCAGAUACCAUGCUUGAGCCCGUCAUAACGUUUGCACAUAUGCCAUCCCAAUCCUUGAGGACUGCUCUCAUCCUCGAGCGUUUUUCUGUUCGCUGCCCUGUGAUUUACUGCUCCAACGACCUCCUGUUGCAGACGACCACUGUCAUGGGCCGAAGCUUCUCUGACUUUGUAAUGCCAGAGAGCGAAGAGACCGUCAAGAAGUGGAUCGACGUGAUUAAGCAGUGGGGCGUGAACGAGCGCGGCCAGCCCAGUGACGGCGGUUUCGGAUUUGGUAAAUUCAGGCUUUGUCGCUCAGGCAGGGAUUCAAGUGUCUCGCAACCCACGCACGGGGCGCAGCGCCGCAGAGAUGCAUGGAGUAGCUCGAAAAGUCCGCCAGCACGUUCCAACUCAUCUUCCAACCGCAGUGGGGGCCUUCACUCGCAGGACUCGAGACAGCAGCGGAUAACGCCACCGCCACCUCGAGAAGAUGGGCCGUUUGUUGAUGCCAUUUUUUCUGCGCACUCGGAUGGAAUUCUGGUGAUCCUCCGAUACGCAACAGGAAAUUAGGAUGCCUCCGACUAAGCGCCAUUUCUUGAUUCCACAACAUUCCGUCCUGACACUGGCAUCGGAUCAUCAUUUGACAUAGCGCCUCCUGCGUUUAUUCUUAACCUUUCCAGAUUAGUCGAAACUGCAGCUAGGCACGAGUCUUGUAGCUUGUUUACACUGAUAGAUGAUCGAUAUUUGUCUACAUGGUCAUGGAAUUUAUGUCUG